AUGGUGUUAACAUCGAUGAAACGAGACACUCGCUCCAAGAAGUCAGCAGCCCCUGCACCUCCUCCAGCCCCACCAGCUUCAAAAUCAAUGUCUUCUAAAAUCUCUCCAGCCCCCUCGAUAAACUGGGAGUUCAAUGAGAAGAUAAGCCUGAGCAGUGGCUCCAGCACAGGAAUAGAAAUGCGAGCGGACAAAAAAAUAGGGAUAGGCUUCAUGGACAAGAGUAGAAAGCCAUCGAAUCCAAGUGGAAAAUCUCUCGAUCUCCUGAACGUUUCGGGAUAUCCUCCACCAUCAAAACAUCCAGCACCACCAAAAGUUGAGGUGUUUCGAGAUGCUGAAGAUACCGUCAACGUUCUCCGAAGCGAUUCGAAGUACGAAAUUGGAAUUCCUGGUGAAUGCACAAUAUCUCGAAAGAAAAGACAGGAGCGGCGAAAGAUCGAUUGUCUGAAACAGCCUCGCAGCACAGGAGAUCUCACUGGCACAGUCAGAAGACGUUGGAUACCCGCGAAUGAAAAGAUUGACGACUCGAUAGCUAAACGAUUGGAAUUGAUCCACGAGUUGAAUCAAAAGAUUCUCGCUAAUUACGAGAGGAUUCAAUCCAAGUCCAAGAAACUCAACCCCAAGGUGAUGACCACAGUGAAAUCGGACACGUUGAAGACUUCCAAGAGGUCUACAUCAUCAUCGUCACGGGUCAGACCAGCUCUGUCGGAUCUCAGACACAAGGAACCAAAUACCGAGCACGUCUACUCCGAGAUCACCUCAAAGAACAAGUCAAAGACACCCAAAGAGCUACGCAAUCAUCAGCUGAUUGAGAAGGCGAUGGUUCACAGGGUUGCAGAAGACUUCGAUCCAAAAGACAAUCGAAAUCCUGAAGACUCAUUCACUAAAAUCGGAAGCGUCAAGAGAAGUCUGAAAAAGCUCAACUCCCAUCACAAAAUCUGCAGUUGA